AAAUAUUUCUUCUUUUACUUAACAACGGGACUCUCCACACGCAUUGCUCGGCGCUUUUUGCGACGUGGAGGUUCUUCAGGUAAUGCAGAAAGUAUUGAAAAUGAAGAGGAGGAAAGACACAAACUACGCGAAAAACGAAGUGAUGGAAGCAAUAAUAAACACAAAAAUGCUUGGAGAUUUGUUGCUUCAAAGUCAAUGAUUCCUUUAAGCAGAGUACUUCCACCUCCCCCAGCACUUAAUUCUUCAAGAGAUUCACAACCAAUUAAUCCUUUUUGUUCUGAUCCUUCUUCUUCUUCCAUUCAACCUGUUAUUGCUAAAGGUGUUUGUGUUCGGUCUGUUGGCAUUUUUAAGAGUGCCCUUCCACCUUCCACCUCCACAGCAGCUCCCAACAACAUUCCUUCAGAUAAUUCAACAUUUGUGCCUCAUCUAAAUCCAAAUUCAACUCCUUUACAUCACAGAAGCGAAAAUUGUUUAAAUUAUUCUCAACAACAAUAUAUUGUUGGGGGUUGUUAUUCAGCAAGAAGUCACCAACAACAACAGCAAUAUCCCCCUCCUCCACCAGCCCCUAAUUCCUUUUCUCCUUUUAAACCUUUAGAAGGAUUAGGAAAUAGUAACGGAACAGAUUCUUCUUCAGUUGGUUGUUGUAAUAGUGCUAGGGCUGCAAUGCAUAGACAAUUUACUGGAUCAUCUAAUGGAGAGGAAGAAUUUACCGUAGAAGAAUUACAAGAAUUUGCUCAAGCCUUUAAGAUGUUCGAUAAAGACGGAAACGGAACAAUGAGUAUAAAAGAACUUGGAGUGGCUAUGAGAACUUUGGGAUUAAAUCCAACAGAAGAUGAAUUGCUCAAUAUGGUUAAUGAAUAUGAUGUUGAUGGAAAUGGAAUUGAUUUUAGUGAAUUUUGUAAAAUGAUGAAGGAAAUGAAUAAAGAAACUGAUCAAGAACUUAUACGACUUGCAUUUCGUGUUUUUGAUAAAGACGGGAAUGGGUAUAUUACUGCACAGGAAUUUAGGCAUUUUAUGACUACAAUGGGAGAGAAAUUCAGCGAGGAGGAAGUGGACGAAAUAAUAAAAGAAUUUGAUAAAGAUGGGGAUGAACAAAUUGAUUAUGAAGAAUUUGUAAAUGCAGUUGCUCCUAUAGUUAAUGACGGUGCAAAAGAAGACGCUCCCUUUUUUGAAAAGGAACAGCCAACAACGGGUUUUGGACAACCAAUAACAAACUCUGGGCCUCCAAUAGCUUCCGGAAAAGUCAAUAAACAUUUUUAA